CCGCCCGCGCCCCUGCCGCAGCGCGCCGCAGUCCGGCCUCCCGCCCGGGCGCAGGGAAGGAAGGCCGGCGGCCUCGUCACGUGUCCCGGGCGAUCGCGAAACAGGUCUGGUCAAUUUCUGUCUGCGUCUGCCUGGCCCGCGCGCCAAUCGAUCGUAGAUCCGCGCCUGCACAAACAGAGGACGAGGAAAACGCAUGCUGCGGGUCCUCGGAUUUCUGGGUUAAUGGGGGCGGGGGAGGGGAUGCAAAACCUGGCCUUUCCAGGAGCUGGUGCUCAGGGGAAUUUUAAGCCUGGCUGGCCAGUUCUUUGGAUAUUUGCACUACAACCGGGACCCUCGGCCAGAAGGAGCCUGGCUGCGCACAGAAGGUCCUGUCCCCACGUCACCCACAAUGCUUUGCCGCCCGGGACCCGCCAGCCCAAUCCCUGGGGUGGGAGGGGGCGGUGCUGCUGCAGUGUCUUGGCCCCCUGCCAGAGAGGAAGAUGUGGGAACUAGAGUUCAUACCCUGCGGUGAAUUAUGCAGUUGCCCUUAAGCAGCCUCUAGCCAGAAUUUAUUUUUGUUGCCAGAAUCUCCGACUUAACAGCUUUGCGAGCCUGAGCAUCCUUAGGGACCCUACAGGCGGUCGUCUCUUCUUUCACUCAGUAACUGCACAGAACAGGCCACAGCAGAGGGUAUAAAGCUUGCCAGGUGAAAUGAUGUGAAGAUGGAAGUGCACUUUCUAGAGAGCGUUCUAGCGGCUUCCUGUCCUGUCCAGAGGGACAAAGCAGAAAGAAAACCAAACUAAUGAAGGAGGUUCCGGUGGUAAGGCGUCCUUUCCAAAUAUAAGAGGAAUAAAGAAGUCACUUCCUCAGCUGUCAUCAUCUUCCAACAGAUUGAGCAAGAAUAUUUCGAGCACUGCAGAAAAGACAGUCCGUCAAACCCUAGAUGAUGAUCAGCCGUGUUAUUUUUUCAAGAGAGGGAGUAGGGUGAAUGAAUCUUAUCAGAAAAGCAGGUUGGUAAGAAUUCCAGAGGUCCUAAUUCUUGCACCGUUAGCAGCAUCUACAAUUUGGGGUAAGCCUCUUGAUCAUCGUUCUAUGUUAGCUUCUUUUUAUAUAAAAAGGAUGGUGAUAAUAACUUUUACGGAUGCACGCAGAUAGCCGGAGGUAAACCAAAGUUUUAACAACGUUGGUUAUGAGUUCUAAAUAAUGGUGAUUCUUUCUCCAUUUCUUCAUCCAUUUUUUCAGCAUUUAUUGGGCACUUGUUAUGCUGUUGGCACUGACUUCAUCUCCAUGGUUAUUAAGAAAUGACACUUUUUAAGCAAUGGCUUAGUGUGGAACAAACAAUCAGACAAAGGAACUGCUGAGGUUUCCACACAGCAUGUUUACUACCCACUUUUUGAAACCCUACCUGACUGCUGUCGCUGAGACGUAUUAUUCAUUUGGAUAGAAUGCUAUGUUCCUAGUAAAUAAAUCGAAAAUAUUUUCUACUCUGAUGUGAGGUCCUGCCUCAGAAUAAAUCAGAGGAAGAAUCACUUGCUAGCCUGGCAAUGCACCAUACCCCUUCGUAAUGUCUAUUUCCCCACCAUUCACAACACGGCAUCAAACCUGUUCUUUUUACUCAUAUUGUGUUCAGAGGCACAGUAUGGUUUUUAUUCCCAUCCUUUAAACCACAGCUUACCGGAGUAUUUUCUACCUGAAAACACUCUGAUAACUAUGAUCUGCGAUGUUUUUACUUAACUUUUUUGUAGGCACAGAAUCACCACCAGUCAGCGAUUAUGUUCUGUAAAACCUGUAUUUUUAUCUCGUGUUAGCGUUUAAAAUAGGUACGCAAGAGGAGGCUGUGGACCUGACUUGCUCACGUUAUUAAACACUGCAGCACGGAACAGAUUGUGGGUCCUCUGAGAGGUUUUUUCCAAAGUGCACACAGUAGGUUUAAAGUGGUGAUUUCAGCCCUUUAGGGAAUGGUAGUGUUUUUCUUAAAUACUGCUAUUUGCUGUAAGCAGCAUCCAUGCGUUUCCUUCUGGCCGUGUUCUAGCCUGUCUCCCGAGUGGAGUAUUAGGUGGAACAUUGCUCCGUGGGGGGGUUCAGAGGCCGCGCAUUUUCUGAGCCCGGUGAGAGCUGAGCAGCACACCUGGAGGGUUCUUUUGGUCCCUUUGUUUAAUCACAAGCAGGCCGGGUUUUGUCACAUGGACCAAGAACUGCAGUUUUAUCUCUCGCAGCAACAUGAACGCAGGCCCAUCUUGGACUAAAGCCCAACAUGCAAAGAACCCUGCAAGGCGAAGGCAGAGUAAACCCCAGGGCCCCCCCGGCUCCUCCCAACUGAAAAGCAGCCCCGGCGGAGGGGGUCCCCAGCGGACCGAGGGUAAGCGGAAGGAAGGCACUUCCUCGGGAGGAAACCCCGACAGGGCUCUGGGGGCCUCGGGGAACAGGUCGUUCCGGGACUUUCCGUCAGUGGAAAUCAUCAAAGGAGAUGCUGACGACAGUGACAGUGCCAGCGACCUCUCUGAUUCGGAAAGAGUCCCCGUCCUCCCUUCGCCCCUCACGCCUCCCGACCUCCGCCUUCGAGCGGAAGAGAUCGACCCGGCUCACGAGCAUCUCCGCCCAGGGCAGGACCCUGCAAAGCCCGACCUCCGCUACCCCGACUUCCUGCCGGCCCCCUUCAACUCCUGGGACCUGCGGGACAUGGCGGUGCUGCUGCACUCGGAGCGCAGGGCGGAGGCCGGGCCGAGAGCAGGGGGGCUCCUCGGGAGGUACAUCGACAGGCUGGUCCAGCUCGAGUGGCUGCAGAUCCAGACCAUCCAGUGCGAGAAGGGAAAGGGGCCCAAGGCGAGGCCUCCCACCGCCCCUGGGGCCUCGGGGGCCCCGAAAAGCCCGGGGAGAAGCAAGCUGAUGGCCAGCGCUCUGUCCAGGCCUCCGCAGGAAGGGCCUCGGAAGUCAGGCCCUUCAAGAAAGAAAGACCUGCCCCUGGAAGUGGUCCAGCCAUCCUGUCGCGCCUUUGAGGCUCCCCCCGCCCCCCUCGAUGCACUCAGCAGCGGCAGGUUAUGUUCCCAGAAGCAAAGCCUGAACAUGCGGCCGGAGGAGAAGAGAAAGAAACCCAGUAAGAGCUCACAGUUGCAGCCCUGGGACUUGUCCUGCGCAGACAGGGACAGCAGCGGCCCAAAGCUGGAGAGCAAGGGGAACCUCCGCGUCCCCCGGCCGUCGGCAGGGAUCCUGGACUCCGCGGACUCCUACAAGGCCUGCAGAGCCCAGGCACACGCGCUCCUUAAGAAGAAGGGGAAUGCAAAUCACUGUGCCCGUGCCCCUGUGUCCAGCGAGAAGAAGCUCAAAACAAAUGGAGUCAAACGUAUAAACUCAAAUAAGAACUGAGAUGCUGGACUGCAAGGCCCUGCCGAUGCCUCAGUGCUGCAGCUCUUCCUGCAGUCACAGCGCUGGAAUUUGAAGACUCGCUAUGGUCACCGACAUCGAAGGGGGACUUGGGUCCACCCCCACCCCCACCCCAGCCCCACAAGGGUUCUUUGCCAGGAAAGGUGUCUUUCAGUAAACGUCUCUUUGUGUGGACGGUCUUAGGCCAAUGAGAGCCCUUUAGAUAAAACUUAGCCACGGUCUGUGCCGUAUAAACGCAUCAAGUGAGAGCUCUUCGGGCGAAGUGGGGACGAGACUUCCAAAACCUCAGCCAGGCCGCGGCUGGCAGAGGCCACGAGGGUUAGCUCCCCUCUUCAGCGCAUGCACGUACAUGAAGAGUGCAUUUUGUCUGAAUCCUAACUGAAACAGGGCUCUGUGUCCUCGCCCUAAACGAUACAGGCAGAAGUUCUGUGCGUGUCACCCCUCGGAGAAGCUUCGACUCUUCCUCAAGUUACGAAGCAUCUAUUUUGAGCAAAGUCAUUUAUCACUCAGCUGCCUGCUCUUUUAAGACAAGAGAAUCUAGUGCUUUCAUACAUUUUCCCUGACAUGGGCUUUUAAAAAAAGCCUGUUAAAUUUAGAGGUGGUGGGGGAAGGCCUGUGUGUAUUCUCCAGGCUGAGCUUAAAAUAGUGCAGGCUUUGUCCCUCCCUCUGAGCAGGACUGUUGGUGUCUGGAGGGAGGGAAGAAGGGAAUGGUUGGCACCCAGAACGCUUGGUAUGUGGCUUCUCUGAAGAGGUGUCACAGGAAGACCCCCUUUUAGAGUUUGCCGUUGAAGGGCUUAUAGUCAGCUCUACACACACAGGCCCACUCCGAGUGUCACAGCUGCUACGUCACUGGCUCGGGACCCGGGUCCUGCUGUCCAUAGUCAAAAUAAUGACCUGUCCUCAUUUGCAAGAGGAGAAUUUUAUAAUCUUGCUGAGAGCAGAGGAGGGAAUAGAAAACGAAUAAAGUUUUCCUGGAUGUGUUAACAUCCUUACCUGGCCCUGUGGCUUCCUGGGGCUUCUCCCUGCUUCUCCUGCUAAGUCACAUGUACCUGUUCUGAUGCAUAUGCUGGGAGGUUUCAUUUGAUAUUGUUGUGAAUAUCUUUAAAGCCUUCAGUUGACCACUUUUUUUUCUUUUUUUUUUUGGCUGUG